AUGGAAGAAAUAAAGCAACCUAAGCAUUAUUCUCAAGAAGAAAUCCAGUGUGAGGAACACUUUCUCGCAACACACUCUAGGAACGCGGAAGGUCGUUUUGUAAUACAAUUACCGCUGAAGGAUGGCAUUCAAGAAUUAGGAGAAUCCUAUGAAAUCGCCGUGAAGCGACUAAAGGCACUGGAACGCAAGUUAGAAAAGCAGCCCGCUUUAAAACAGCAAUACCACGAGUUUAUGCACGAAUACCUCGAGCUAAACCACAUGGCGGAAGUUCCAGUAGACAAAAUAGAUGACAAACCGGUCUACUACAUUCCGCAUCAUGCAGUACUAAAAGAGGACGGCAUAACUACAAAAUUAAGAGUAGUUUUUGACGUUUCAUGCAAAACAACUUCUGGCCAAUCACUUAAUGACUUUCUCCAGACAGGUCCAAACUUGCAAGAUGACUUAUCCGACAUAAUUAUACGACUGCGUCAGCACGAGUAUGCAUUGGCAGCAGACAUUAUUAAAAUGUAUCGCCAAGUCGAGGUGGCGGAUAAACAUCGUAAAUAUCAACGCAUUGUAUGGAGAUGGUCACCUAACGGACCAAUUCUUAUAAUACAGCUGAAUACAGUCACGUACGGCAUGACAAGCUCAUCAUUCGAAGCCAUUAGAAGUAUGCAAGAGACAGCGCAUCAAGCCAAAAAGCACUACCCUCGGGCGUGUGAAGUAAUAAUCAAAGAUUUUUACGUAGACGACCUAUUAACGGGAGCCAAUUCAAUUGAAGAGCUGAAAAAAUUGAAACAUGAUAUCGUUAACGUACUGUCCAGCGCAAAAUUUGAACUCAGCAAGUGGAAAUCCAACACUGCGAAGAUAAGCGAAUCAGACAACAAUAAAGUUGCAGUUAGGAUCGGAGAAACAACAAAAAUCUUAGGCCUAUGA